CCAGCGAGCUGUAUCUUUGCAAUCAUAGAAUUUGAACCGAAACCAUCUGGCUGUCAACCAUCUUACGGUAUCCAUUUUACGUUUAUGAUAGCAUACCCGAUCCCAGGACUGACGUGCAGCCAAGCCGCAAUUGUGGCUUGGGCCCCGCCAUAACUGAGACGACGAUCCAUAACACAAUAACUACUACAUUGCCCUCGGGCCUCCACAUUGAACACGAAGCGACGCAGCGACCUCCUUUUCCGGUGGCUCCCUGCCCGACACCUGUCUUGACUGCGUAAUUCCGUGGCCGCUCAAUGGAGGCGACGUCGGCGAGAAUGGCAGCGAGGGACCGCUAUGGGGGAGGCUUCGGUGAAGCGCCGACUUCACAGCUCCAGCGCUUCAUAUUGAGUGCAUGCGAUCCCCAGAACUUCGAGCCCAAUCUUGCCUUGAAUCUGGAGAUAGCGGAUCUCAUCAACGCCAAAAAGGGUUCAGCACCUAGAGAAGCGGCUGUCACAAUAGUUCACUACGUCAAUCAUCGCAACCCUAAUGUGUCGCUUCUGGCACUGAAUCUACUCGACAUCUGCGUCAAGAACUGCGGCUACCCCUUCCACCUCCAGAUCAGCACGAAAGAAUUUCUUAAUGAGCUCGUCCGCCGAUUCCCAGAACGCCCACCAGUCCACCCAACUCGCGUACAGAACCGGAUCUUGGAAUUAAUAGAGGAAUGGCGGCAGACAAUAUGUCAGACGUCACGGCACAAAGAGGACCUGGGUUUCAUAAGAGACAUGCACCGGUUACUGAGCUAUAAGGGUUACAUAUUCCCCGAGAUUCGCAAGGAGGAUGCCGCUGUCUUAAACCCAAGCGAUAACCUACGAUCAGCCGAAGAGAUGGAAGAGGAGGAAAAAGAAGCCCAGUCUGCAAAGUUACAGGAACUCAUUCGGCGCGGCGGCCCCCAAGACCUACAAGAGGCGAACAGGUUAAUGAAGAUCAUGGCUGGCUACGAUACGAGAAACAAGACGGACUGGCGAGCGAAGGCCGCGGAAGAGGUUGGCAAGAUACAGCAAAAGGCAAGGAUAUUAGAGGAUAUGCUGCAGUCACAUAAACCGGGAGAGCCGAUCAAGGAGGGCGACGUAUUUCAGGAACUUGCGAAUGCUCUCCAAAGUGCACAACCGAAGAUACAGAAGAUGUGCGAAGAAGAGUCAGAAGAUCACGAAGCUGUGGCGAAGCUGUUCGAGAUCAACGACAGCAUCCACCGGACAAUUGAGCGAUACAAGCUCUUCAAGAAAGGUGAUUAUGAAGCGGCGAAUAAGAUACCUAAGGGGACGUUAGGGAAGAGUGGAGCUGGUGUUACCAAAGGAGCUGACAACACUCUGAAUCUGAUCGAUUUCGGCCAAGCAGCUCAACCUGCACCAAAGGGCAAUGCCUUGGAAGAUGACCUCCUCGGGCUGUCUCUGGGGACGGAUACAUUUGGACAAACUGGCGGCAUUUCAUUAGGAGCUUCAAAUGGCUCAGUCCUCGGUUUAUCAGGGGUACCGGUGCCACAGAGCCAACCGUCGCCUGCGCCUCAGUCGAUCAAUGACAUGUUCGCUGGACUCGGAACUGCUCCCUCUUCAUCUCAAGCGUCGUCCCGCCCCACGGCUGGUCCUCCAUCCACGCAACCGGCUCGUUCCAGCCCCGAUCCAUUCGCGGCCCUUACCUCACAAACACCCCGCCGGGCUUCACCUUUCCACUUCCAGCAAUCCAUCAGACCGCAAGCUCCAAGUAAUGAGUCAGGCGUUGUCGACCUCCUUGGUGUGAGCAGCCCUGCACCAUCGUCCAACCUAGCUCAGAGCGUCACACAAACCACUACGACUGCGGCUGACGACGAUGAUGAAUGGACUUUCACCUCAGCCGUUCCAGACACUGCUAAAGAGAUCACCAUAGUCAACACAAGCGUAAAUAUCGUGUUCACAGUAUCUCGCGAAUCGGACACCGUCCUUCUGAUUCAGUCUCGAAUAUCAAACAAUACGCCGACACCUAUUACGGAACUUACUUUUCAAUCUGCGGUAUCUAAAGCAUAUCGGCAACAAAUGUGGCCCCAAUCCGGCGUUAAUCUGGGGCCAAACCAGCGGUACGGCAUCGUCCAAACCAUUCGGUUGCACGGGGUGCCUCGAGGUCAAGGGACGGCGGUCAAGAUGCGCUGGAAGCUGUCCUAUUUGCUAGGUGGGGCGAGGAGGGAUGAGUCUGGCGAGAUUGCGAGCCUGGGAGUGUCAUAGCCUCCAGUCUCUCAGUGUGAUUCGACUGUAGUUGAUUAUAAGCGCAAAAGCAGGUUGCGCCGGAGAUAAAACAUCCUUUUUCAGAGCACAGCAGACCAGUCACAGAUGGAUCUCUGAAGGUGGUGAAG